AGUGCAUUCGCUUUCUCAACGUCGUCUGUUCGGUUUGAGAUGACUGCCAAGCGUCCUUUGUCUGCAGAUGGUGAAUUAAACUGCUCCUUUUGCCCUCUGCGGGGUGUUAAGAGAUCCCAUGGAAGAGAAGCAGGGAGCAAUUCUGCUCAGUGCCUGGAGAUUUUCAUCAUCUCCCUCCAAGAAAACAACAUUAAACACGUUUCACAGAACAUGGUGGUUACUGACCCUAAGAACACAACAAGAGACACAGCUCGAGAUGGGGAGACACCAGCUCCCUGGGAAUGCCUUUGCUGCACAGUGGGAGGAGAUGCUGGAUGCCAGGAGACCUCCUCUACCUUCUCAAAGCCGCCCAGCAGAGACAGGGCUGCACGCAGGGCUGGACUGGCACAAAACUGGAAAUGCCACACUCCACGUGAGGUGACAGCACAGAAAGGUUCCUGUGCACAGAUUCCAUGUCAUUACAGUUACCCUUCACAUCUGGCAAACCAAACACGAGUCGGAAUCUGGUUUCAUAACAAGAAACAGGAUGCAACAUCGAUAGCUUUUCACUCUGAGAAUCACAGUCAAGUGUUACCACGGUUCCGCCAACGGACUUGGCUGUCUGGAAAUCUGAAAAAUGGAGACUGUUCCCUGAUGAUAAAUAACAUCAAGGGAAGAGAUGCAGGAUCUUAUUAUUUCAGAGUGGAAUUCAGUGGUUCAAAUAAAUACAAAUACCUUCCUGUAACCCAGCUUCAUGUUUCAAAUUUCAUGGAUAAACCCACGAUAGCCCCUGUGGAAAUUAUCGCAGGAAAGCGUAUGAACCUAAACUGCACCUUCAACACAACGUGCACUGGAACCGCUCCUGCCUUAACCUGGGACACUCCCACUGCCGUACAUGGAUCAGUCUCAUACACUGUAACUCAGCAUGGUGCCACUCUGACCUAUACUUCUGUUCUGGCCCUGACACCAUCACUCAGAGACCAGGGGCAAACUCUCACUUGCAGACUGAGUUAUCCAACUGUUUCUUCAGAGCAGACCCUCGUAAUGACAGUGCGAUAUCCCCCACAGGAGAUCACAGUGUCCACCAGUGCAGCCUCAGGUGGGAUCAGAGAAGGAAACAACGUCACAUUAACCUGCUCCAGUGAAAGUGUCCCGUCGAUAUCUCAUUACACCUGGUUCAGGAUCGAGGGAAACGCCAGCACCCAAUUAAACACAAACAGCCAGAUUCUCUCCUUCACUCCAGUAACACGGGGGGAUGAUGCAGGUUUCUAUUGCACAGCAACAAACCCAUUGGGUAACAGCAGCUCCAACACAACCCACCUGAAUGUGGAAUAUGGUCCAGAGAUUUCCCAGGUGUUGGGAUGUGCUCAGAGGUCAGAGGGGACCACCUGCGUCUGUGUGGCCAACUCCAACCCUCCUGGAGAGCUCACCUGGCACUUGCCCCAUGCCAACCUCAGUGGUAACCAAACACACAGAGGUUUUGUGUCACAGCAGCUCAGAGCAGGGCAUCAGGUGAUGGGUUUCCUGAUCCUGAUGGGACACCAGGAUGAAGAGGAAGUGAUGGCAACAUGCUCAGUUCGAAACCCGCAUGGGGUAGCUAUGUUCAAGUCGUAUCUUUGGCUCAAAGAGAGAGACUGCAAUGAAUGGGCAGUAGGAUUGGUCUCAGCUGGAAUCAUGUUGACUGCUUUCCUGGCUGGAAUCUUCAUCUUACAGUGUGCGCAAAACAGGAGGAAGACAGCGGCUGAGGAGGCAGCUGCAAAGACCAAUGAGAAUGCACCGACCGACCGUCAACUCUCUGUGAGACACCAGGGUUUACAGGAGAACAUGAUGGUUACUGACCCUUAGAACACAACCAGGGACACAACUAGAGAUGGGGAAACACCAGCUCCCGGGGGUGUAUUUGAUUGUGCAGUUGGAGACAUGACAGAAGACCUUCUCUAUGCCAACAUCAAUUUCUCAAAGCUGCCCAGGAGGGACGGGGCUGUGCACAGGGGUGAGGUCACAGAAUAUGCAGAGAUCAGAUUCCAGCCAAAGUGAGAGAGAAAAACAGGGACGGGGUGUGAGAGAUGUGUGCAGCCAUAAUGUUUGAAUAAUGAUGAAGAGAAAAUGAUGUCUGCUCAACUUAGAGAUAGCAAGAACUGUAGAUGUUGGAGUCAGAGAAAACACAUUAUGGAGCUGGAGGAACACCGCAGGUCAGCAGCAGCCGAGGAGCAGGAAAGUUAAUGUUUCUGAAGCU